UUCCUGUCGGUGCUGGCUUUGAUGUUGGGGCUUGUUGCUGUGAGCGAGUGACGGAGCCGGCUUCAGGUCGCGGCGGUUGCCGCCUGCUCCUCGUCGCGAUCACCAUGAAGGGGCCUGAGAGACAAGCUCAGAUAACUGAAAGUGUGACAGAUUUGACAGCUGUGAAGGAUACUACAUAUGAAGAUGUGCCUCCUUACCUGAAAGAGGAGCCUCCAGAAGAACCCAAAAAGGAUCUUGGCAUACAAGAGCCAGGAAUGAUCUGGAAAGUGACUGGUGGACUUUACAGUAUCACGAAGGGAGCGGUAGGUGCAACACUUGGAGGAGUGGCUUGGGUUGGAAGCAAAAGUCUGGAACUGACCAAAACUGCAGUAACCACUGUGCCAGUGGCAGGUGCUGGCUUGGUGAAGGGAAGUGUGUCAGCAGUGACCGGUGGAGUCAGCGCUGUGGGCUCGGCUGUUGCCAGCAAGGUUCCUUUUACACCCAAAAAAAAAGAUAAAUCUGAUUGACUAAGUUUUUGGGUAUGUUUUCCUUAAAGAAAAACAUCAUGACUUCAGUAUACUUGGGCAUACCUGGAUACUUGUACGUGCUUGGUAUUUUUUUCAGAAGGGGCAACCAAGUAAGUUUUUUGUGUUUACAGAAAAGUUUGCUCCCUGCCUCACUUCACCAGUGCAGUUCUCAUGCCACAUCUUUUCAUUGUGUAUGCUGUAAAUGAUACUGAGCCAUUGUUUCCAUAAUACAGUCAGCAUUAAUACUGUAUAGCUUUGUGAUUCUGACUUUUUGACAUAAACAUUGGCCAUGUCAAAAUUGACAGUCAUCACACCAGAUGCAUAGAGACCAUAUCCCCAGUGAUGAUUCUUUCAACUGAAAUGUACAGAAUUUUUCUUUUGAGCGGGGAAUGAAACAUUUUGUCGUGAUCAAAAAGAAGAUUUCUCCACUCUGCCACCAAUGUAUGUAUUGGUUCCUGCAGUAUUUUGUAUGUUUGUUUUGAUCCUGUUGAUGAUAAUGGGACUAAUUUUCCAACUGCUUUUUAUUUGUUUUAAGCAGGAUAUUAUAGGGUGAAUGUUGCUUCAAAUGUGUCAGUGGCAGAAAAUUUUGAAUAUUUUAUUGGGUAAAGUUAGUAUCCAGUUUUAAAAGUAUUUCCUACAUGCAGCAAGUUAGCUUUUUGCUUGUUUGUGCUAUCCUUUGGUCUGCCUAACUAGCUCGGUACUGAGAGUAACAUACAACACUACAAUGCUUUAGCAUAGGUUACAUGUUGGCAUCGCCUUAUUCCUCAUUAUUGUUUGACUCUUGUUACUUGCUAUAAAUGACUGGCUCAGCAGGCUAUAAGAAUAAAAUUUGGACAAUGACCCCAUUUGCAAUUAGUGCUGUUUUCCUUUCUGUUGUGCUUUACAUUUACCUUUCCAUCACUUUUCUGUAUACCUGAUAUUUCUGUAAUGUUUAUCUAUUAAGACUGAAGCAGAAAAUUGAUUGCUCUUGACCAAAAUGCAAAACAUUUAGUUUUUAUCUAUAAUAGAACUAUUUUUGCAAAUAUGACACCCGAAAGCAAUGAAUUAGACUGUAAGUCUGUAUUUUAAUGGAAAUAAAGUUUGAAAAUCA